UUUCAAAAAAUGAAAAAAAUAAAAAUACCAAAAUACCGAAGAUAUUCACUGCCGGCGGACAAUGGCACCCAUGAACUCGGCACCUCUUCUUCUUCGGCAAUCUCUCCCGCCAAUAUCGUCUCCAUUCGAAACUCUGAAACCGAAAACUCCACUGCCAGUGCACAAUAGCACGCUCGGCGCACGAACACCUGCAUAUUCACCUUGUUAUAUAAGAGUUUGCACUGGUAAAACAACCAAAAGAAGUGGAAGUGGAAGUGGAAGAGGAAGCAGAAGAAACCCAGAUGACUACCAUGCCACUCUCACAGCUCUCAACUCCAAAGGCCGAUUUCCCAGAAAAUCCCUCGGCCAGCAUUAUAUGUUGGACUCUGAGAUCAACGAUGAGCUCACUGCUGCGGCCGAUGUUGGGGAAGGUGAUGUGGUGUUAGAAAUUGGGCCGGGAACAGGUUCUUUGACUAAUACUCUUAUUAGUGCUGGUGCAGUUGUGCUCGCAAUCGAAAAGGAUUCACACAUGGCUACUCUUGUGAGUGAAAGAUUCGUGCAGACUGACCGGUUGAAGGUUUUGAAUGAGGACUUUGUCAAAUGCCACAUUCACUCACAUAUGUCGUCCUUAUUGGGAAGUAUAGAGCCAUCUGGUCCAAAUUCAAGACUUGCAAAAGUAGUCGGUAAUAUACCCUUUAAUAUAAGUACAGAUGUUGUCAAACAACUUCUUCCAAUGGGGGACAUCUUUUCUGAAGUUGUUCUCUUACUCCAGGAGGAGGCAGCUUUGCGCUUGGUGGAACCAUCUUUGCGGACAUCCGAGUACCGGCCCAUCAGUAUCUUCGUCAAUUUCUAUUCAGAUCCUGAAUUCAUAAUGAAGGUCCCAAGGACAAAAUUUUUUCCUCAGCCUAAUGUUGAUGCUGCCGUUGUUAAAUUUAAACUGAAGCAACCUGUAGACUACCCCCCAGUUUCCUCUACGAAAAGCUUCUUCUCAAUGGUUUGUUCAAUUUCUGUAGUCGGUAUCAUUCUUUUAGACUAUCAUUACAGAUUUUCAUU